AAAUCCUCCGCAGCAGCACGUGAGAGGUGGAUUACCGUAGAAUAUGGACGCUGUUUGUCCUUAAACAGUGCAAUGACAGCUCGCAGUAUUUUACUAACCCGGCAGCUUUUGCCUCUUGGACUUCAUUUACGGCGUGUCAUACCUGUGAAGACCUUUUGCUCUUCCACACGCGACGAGGUUCUCUUGGCUCAGGAAGCCAGCAAGAAAUACGGAAAACAUGAACCCACUAUAUUUUCUAAAAUAAUUGACAAAACUAUCCCUGCAGUUAUCAUUUAUGAGGAUGACAAGUGUCUAGCUUUCAGAGAUGUUAAUCCCCAGGCUCCUGUGCAUUUCCUGGUUAUUCCAAGGAUCCCCAUUCCCAGGAUCAGUGAAGCACACGAGGAUGAUGCAUCGCUCCUGGGUCAUCUUUUGAUGGUGGCCAAAAACAUAGCAAAGAGAGAAGGACUGGAUGAAGGAUACAGAGUGGUCAUUAAUGAUGGAAAAAAUGGGGCACAGUCCGUGUAUCACCUUCACAUUCAUGUUCUCGGAGGACGGCAAAUGAGAUGGCCUCCUGGAUAGAUGGACCUUCUGUCAGAAUAAAAAAUAAUGCUCUACAUUUUUGGAGGAGACGAGCAUAACUGAUAUACAAAUAGAAAAUGUGUUGGAGAUUACCAAAAAAAAUAAUGUUUGUCAAAUAAUGAGAGAGUGGGAACAAUUUUCUACAUUAAAAUGAAUUUGACUGGUUUUCCGUCUGCACUUGAUGUUAACAAGCUGUUGGGUAACCUGCACUUAGCUGGGUUGGGUUACCUUUACUGUUGUUUACUGUCAUCACUGGGUAAUAAAAAUUUUGCAAGGUUCACAGGUUGAUAUGAGCUUUUUGCUAAAUGGGUAUUAAAUAAUUGGCAUAUGCAAAAAAUAAUACUGAAAAGAAGGACAGGAAAUACAUGAAUGAAAUAUAAAGCAGAACAAAUUUCUUGCAAAGAAUAUUCUUGCAUAAAUUGUUGCAUUCAAGACAAUGGGACCAUUUACAUAUGAUUAAUAUUGUGAAUGAUUUAAAAUACACAGCAGUUCCUUCUGACAAUGUUCCAUGAAUAAGGGCUGCGUGUUUAUACCAUGAAGACAUUUCUCAGGACGUGGGGAAAUAAAAACAUUCAAUCUGAAAUCUUGUAUUAGACCUGGCUUGGCCUCAGCUGAGGUCAUCCUGUAGAUCUGUUAACUGCUGAAGGUGAUGGUGGUGUGAUCGAGUGACCUGGAUGGCCAGUGGGCUGGUUUCUAUGGGUCACUCAUGAGUGUUUAUAUCAAGUGAACUUUCGUCCUAUUUGCUGAAACAUCAGAUGCAACUGUACAACACAUCGUGUCUGUGCUGACUGGAAGAAGAAAGGUGAUACAGAACAAUAAUAAUCUUAACCCUUUAAUUAAACAACUUUGAGCCUUUUAUAAUUUUGUUUAAUACAUAUUGAUUAAAUCUAAAUUUAACAAAACAAACCAGGAUUUCUGGAGAGUAGUAAAAAUAUAACGUUCAUUUUAUCUAUUUUUAGGUCAAGGUUGCAAAAUAGUAAAUGUCCACAGGUGUCUUAUCAAUAAUGAGUUUUGCUUUAUCUUAUCCAGUCUCUUUCAUAUUAUAGACUUUGUGACCUCUGAGCAUAUGUAACAAUCUUAAUGUAACAACGUGUUGAUCAAUAAAAUAGCUCUUCAUUUAA